AUGAGCAUUCUUUCAAAUGAGCACACUUUCUACCUUGAAAAACUGCGGAAAGAGGUACAGGAAACAUUUGCAGAAUUCCGUGGUCUCAAGAUUCAAGAUGGUCAAUCAUUUGCAGAUUACUGUAACCGUAUCGAAUACUUGGCAGAUGGAUCGAUUAGUCUAGGAAACUCAAGGAGGUACAUUGAGGCAAUGAAAAGGCUAAAACUUAGGACGCUCAUUUCUAAUGAAUACUAUUAUGUGGCAGAAGCAGAAGUAUGUCGUGCACCACUGGCUGAUCACUAUAAGGUCUUGAAAAACUUUAUCAUUAGCUAUGUUCGAAAAUUGGAAGAGAAUAAAGAAUUGUAUUCUGCUGGAAUUGUUGGUACAUGUAUGCCAGAUAUUUUCCGUAAACCACUGAUUCUUGAAACUCCGACAGCUAUUACACAUGAGUUGACACUACAGUGGACAACAGUUUCAAAUGUUGAAGAGCAAAAAGUUAUGGUUACUGAUGAGAAUUCUACAAUGUCAGAGGUUGAUACCAAAACCUUGAAAGAUCUUGAUGUCAUUAUGAAAAAGUUCAACCUGAACUCUAUAAGUGAAGUUGAGGAAAGGAUUCAAGAAAGUUAUCGUUCAGAUGAUGCUCUUAAAAAGAUUGUUCAAAUUUAUGAAGAGUCACAGAAAGAGUUACAAGAGUUACAUGCCAAAUUCAAUGCAGCACAACAUGACCUAAGAAAUCUUGAACUGAAAUUGCAAAUGGAACAGUAUGAUCAUAAAAAGGCAAUUACAAAAUAUGAAAAUACACCAAAAUGUUCUGAUACAAGUGAUGUACAGUACUUUGAGAAUGUUACAGACAGCUGUGAAGUAGAAUCAAGCAUGAGUUUUUCAAAAUCUCUAAAGGAUUCAGGUAUUAAAAGUUAUGGAAUUGACAAUGAUCACUCAGAAAACUAUUUUGAAAGGGAGAAAGUGGACCAGAAAGCCAAGGAUACAUACUUGGGUCCCCCACUGAACUCCAACAUUUUGGAAAAUUUUCAAAAUUGCGAUUCUAUGUCUAUUGUUACAACUGAAUGUUCCAAAACUGAUUGUGAGACUGAACAUGAGACUCAAAUUAUUGAUUCUCCAGAUAUUGACUAUAAGAAUGAAGACACUGAUGCCAUUGAAAAAGAAACCACAUCAAUUGAGUCAAUUACAAUCCAGGAGAAAUCCUGUGACAAUGAAAAUGAUAAGAUUGAGCACACUAUGCACAACUCAUUGAACAAUCAGAUACAAAAGGCCGGACUACAAAAGCCGGGAGAUGUCGCCUGUGGCGGAUUUUUUGACAAGAAAAUGAAGCGUAGAGUCAAUGAGGAAAUGCGUCCGCGUACAGAUCCACCAACUGACUUGUCACAACAAGCAUGUUAUGGUACAGUAUCUGAUAUAUUGGAUUGGAACAAUUGGAGUCAUGACAAUUGGAAGGAUAUGAGUUGGCAAAGAUUCGUUCGAGAAUCGCGUCCUCGCAAGGAUCCACCUUGGAGUUCGUGCCGUUCGGAAGCUGACAUGUGUUAUGGAUGGAGAUGGGAUGUCAGUCAAGUUCCAUCUUGCUCUCAGGAUUGGAGAAGUCGUCACGUCUUGUUCACCCCUCGUCAAGCUGCAGAGGUUCAGUGA